UGAGGUUUAUGCGUAAAUUGAGGCGCUUGUUCCAUCAGCAGAAAAAACGGAUGUUACAUCUUGCAAUGCGUUUCAAACUCAUUUUGGAUACUUUACAUCGAUGUUUGUGCGAAUAGAUACUUUGAGGAUAAAUAUGCGUAGAAAAUGGUGGAUUUCCGGGCUGCUCUAUGCGUUUUCUGUGUGGAAUAUUACCGAGGCGCAGAUUCGUUACACAAUACCAGAAGAACAAAACGAGGGCACUGUUGUUGGAAAUAUCGCCAAAGAUCUGGAUUUAAAAUUAUCUGACGUCUUUGAACGGAACUUACAGAUUGCUGUCGAGUCUGGAAAGCAGUAUUUCGGCGUAGAUUCAACAAAGGGUGAGCUGGUCGUGAGGGAGAGAAUUGACAGGGAGAAUUUGUGCCAACAAAUGGCUACAUGUAUUCUGCCUUUAGAGGCUAUUUUAGAAAAUCCAUUGCAACUGCAUCGUUUUGAAAUAGAAAUUCAAGACAUCAAUGACAAUUCUCCAGUUUUCCUUAAAAAAGAAAACACUUUGGAUAUUUAUGAAUCAAUCGCGUCUGGUGCAAGGUUUCGUUUAGAAUCAGCACAGGAUCCUGAUGUAGGAUCAAACUCGCUGCGCACUUACACACUGAGCAAAAAUGAAUAUUUUGCACUAGAUGUAAAAAUAGCUAAGGAUGGAUCUCGUGUGCCAGAGCUUGUAAUAGAAAAAUCUUUGGAUAGAGAAAAACAGUCAGUAAUCAGUCUCACGCUUACUGCUUUAGAUGGCGGAAAACCUGCACGUUCUGGCACAACAAAAAUCUCCAUUAGCGUACUUGACACAAACGAUAAUGCUCCAUCAUUUAAAAAAACUCAAUACGACGAGCAAAUCACAGAAAACACGACCCCAGGAGUGGUUGUUCUUAGUGUAACAGCUAUAGAUCUAGACGAAGGCGCAAACAAAGAAGUGAGUUAUUCGUUUGGUCCUCACACCCCGGACACGGUAAGCAACUUGUUUUCUGUUGAUCCAGCCAAUGGUGAGAUUAAAGUAAAAAAUACAAUAGAUUAUGAGACCGACCAGUCUUUUGAUUUUGAUAUUGUAGCCAGAGAUAAAGGAAGUCCCCCAAUGGAGGGUGUCUGUAGUGUGCAUCUGGAUGUAUUAGAUAUUAACGAUAACGCACCAGAGAUCAUAUUAAAAUCCUCCCCGAGUCCUGUGCGGGAAGACGCCCCUAGUGGCACAGUAGUAGCUUUAAUAAGUACUAAAGACUUAGACAAAGGUGAUAACGGUCAGGUUACUUUGACGUUAUUACCUGGCACGCCAUUUUCCUUAAAAACAUCUUUAUCAAAUCAUUACGCUUUAAUCACAGAUCAGAAACUGGACAGAGAAACGCACUCUGCAUAUUCGGUUGUGAUUGUUGCAUCUGAUUCAGGAUCACCACAGCUCACGUCUAAGCAAGAAAUACUUGUAAAUGUUUUAGAUGUAAAUGAUAACGCACCUGUUUUUACGCAACAGUCAUACGUUGUGCACGUUAAAGAAAACAGCGCUGCUGGAUCAAUACUGUGUUCGGUGUCGGCUUCUGAUCCAGAUCAGGGAGAGAAUGCUAAAGUUGCUUAUUCUAUUUUAGAGUCCAGGGUACUCGACGCGCCACUAUCAUCUUAUAUCUAUAUUAAUUCAGACAACGGGACCAUCUUCAGUAUGCACUCAUUUGAUCACGAAAAGAUGAAAAUGUUUCAGAUCAAAGUCCAGGCGAAAGAUAACGGCUCUCCGUCUCUGAGCAGCAACGCCACGGUUCAUGUUUUUAUUGUGGACCAGAACGACAACACCCCCGCUGUCAUUUACCCCUCUGCACUCAUGGGCUCUGUCUCUCAUCAGAGGUUGCCCCGCUCCGCUAAAGCAGGACACCUCGUUACUAAAGUCACAGCAGUGGACGCUGACUCGGGCCAUAACGCCUGGAUUUCCUAUCGGCUAGCGGAGGCGACGGACGCGUCCCUGUUCACUGUCAGUUUACACACAGGAGAGGUGAGGACUAAGCGCUCUGUGUCAGAGCAGGAUGACUCCUCUCAGAGACUGCUCAUAGAGAUAAAGGACAACGGAGAACCGGUGCAGUCCACCACAGUCACACUGGAUAUACUGAUAGAGGACGCCUUUCAUGAACCAAUCUCAGACUUCAGACACAAAAAUCCAGAACCUGAUCAGAAAAGUAGCAAAAUCACAUUAUAUCUCAUGAUUUCUCUUGCCUCCGUCUCCUUUUUAUGUUUGGUGACAUUUUUCGUAUUGUUAAUAAAAUGCGCUCGGAGCAGUAGAGGCAGCUCGACUUGCUGUAUCAGACGGAGCGAUGGUGAGUCUAAAAACCACAACAGAAACCUGCAGAUCCAGCUCAACACUGACGGACCCAUUAAAUAUGUGGAGGUGCUGGGAGGAGACAUGAUGUCUCAGAGUCAGUCGUUCGGCUCCUAUCUCUCUCCAAUGUCCGAAUUCAGUGAUUUCACCCUCGUUAAACCCAGCAGCACCACAGACUUUACAAACACUCUAAGCGUGCUCGAUGCGUCACUACCGGACAGCACGUGGACGUUUGAGAGUCAGCAGCAAAGCUUAGCCCGACGGGACAGCGUUCACAAUGAGAACAGCUUUAGAGUCAGCGUUUUGGGAUGCCGAUUAUGGAUUAGGACGAACAUUUUAACUUGUAAUGGUUUUGGAAAUCGAAUGUUUAUCAUCAUCGCACGCAUGGAAAUGGGAGCGUUGACAUGGAAAUCGCGUUAUUCACGGCAAAUGAUGUGGCUUUUAUGCCUCGUUUGGAGUACAAUAGAGGCGCAGAUUCGCUACUCCAUUCCCGAGGAAUUAAAAAAGGGGUCUGUGGUUGGAAAUAUCGCAAAAGAUCUGGACCUUGGACUUUCUGAAAUAUAUGAUCGUAAAUUACAGAUAGCAAGCGAAUCUGGUAAGCAGUAUUUCGGUAUUGAUUUGGGGAAGGGGGAGAUAAUAAUUACAGACAGAGUCGACAGGGAACAGAUAUGCGCUACAAUUGCGAAGUGUACGUUAACGCUAGAGGCGAUAAUAGAAAACCCUUUACAAAUGUAUCGCGUGGAAAUAGACAUACAAGAUGUGAAUGACAAUUCGCCGUUUUUUCUUAAUAAUCAAAUCGUUGUUAAUGUAGAGGAGGCUAGAGUGCCAGGGGCAAGAUUUCGUUUGGAAACGGCAAAAGAUCCAGAUAUUGGGUCAAAUUCGUUACAGUCGUACGUGCUAAGUAAAAAUGAAUAUUUCGUUUUAAGUGUGAAAAAUAAGGACGGUGUUAAAACCCCUGAAUUAGUUUUAGAAAAGGCUUUGGAUAGGGAAAAGCUGUCCACGCACAACCUCGUGUUGACUGCAGUGGAUGGUGGGAAUCCAGCAAGGUCUGGAACAACGGCACUUAUUGUUCAGGUGCAAGACAGUAACGACAAUUCUCCUAUUUUUGAAAAGCCAACAUACAAGGUGAAACUGCCUGAAAACACGGCGCGAGAGACAGUUAUUCUGACAGUUAAAGCCAAAGACGCGGACGAAGGCGCAAAUAGCGAGCUAAUUUAUUCAUUUGAACCGAGCACGCCGACGAGCAUUCAAAAUGUAUUCUCUAUUGACCAAGAAAACGGCGCCAUCACGGUCAAAGAUUAUUUAGAUUAUGAAUCAGUCAGUUCCUUUAAAUUUGAGGUGAUCGCUUCAGACAAAGGGGCUUCGUCUUUAGAGGGUCUCUGCAGUGUAGAGAUUGAAAUAGUAGACGUUAAUGACAACGUGCCCGAGAUUAUUCUGAAAUCUCUUCCUAAACCAGUUAGAGAGGAUGCAGCCCCAGGUACAGUAGUGGCUCUAAUAGGAGCAAAGGACAGUGAUUCCGGUGAAAACGGAAAGGUUAGACUGAGCAUACAGCCGGGUUUACCAUUCACACUAAAACCGUCUAUUUCGAAUUAUUAUGCCUUAGUCACGGAUUCAAAUUUAGAUCAGGAAACGUUCCCUAAAUACACGGUUGAGAUUAUAGCAGAAGACUCCGGAAAUCCACCGCUACGGUCAAAAACUCAAAUAUCUGUUGAAGUAUUAGAUGUAAAUGAUAAUCCCCCGGUCUUCUUACAAUCUUCAUAUGUGACUUAUAUAAAAGAAAACGUUAAUGCCGGGAAUGUAGUAUGCACCGUAUCAGCUUCUGAUCCAGAUCAAGGAGAAAAUGCCAAAAUUUCAUAUUCAAUUACAGAGUCGCGCAUUCAGGGCAUGUCAAUCUCCUCUUACUUUUACAUAAAUUCAGACAACGGAAGCAUCUUCAGUAUGCACUCGUUCGACUAUGAAAGAAUAAAAGUGUUUCAGAUUAAAGUCCAAGCGAAAGAUAACGGCUCUCCGGCUCUGAGCAGCAACGCCACGGUUCAUGUUUUUAUUGUGGACCAGAACGACAACGCCCCCGCUGUCAUUUACCCCUCUGCACUCAUGGGCUCUGUCUCUCAUCAGAGGUUGCCCCGCUCCGCUAAAGCAGGACACCUCGUUACUAAAGUCACAGCAGUGGACGCUGACUCGGGCCAUAACGCCUGGAUUUCCUAUCGGCUAGCGGAGGCGACGGACGCGUCCCUGUUCACUGUCAGUUUACACACAGGAGAGGUGAGGACUAAGCGCUCUGUGUCAGAGCAGGAUGACUCCUCUCAGAGACUGCUCAUAGAAAUAAAAGACAACGGAGACUCGGUGCAGUCCACCACAGUCACACUGGAUAUACUGAUAGAGGACGCCUUUCAUGAACCAAUCUCAGACUUCAGACACAAAAAUCCAGAACCUGAUCAGAAAAGUGGCAAAAUCACAUUAUAUCUCAUGAUUUCUCUUGCCUCCGUCUCCUUUUUGUGUUUGGUGACAUUUUUCGUAUUGUUAAUAAAAUGCGCUCGGGGCAGUAGAGGCAGCUCGACUUGCUGUAUCAGACGGAGCGAUGGUGAGUCUAAAAACCACAACAGAAACCUGCAGAUUCAGCUCAACACUGACGGACCCAUUAAAUAUGUGGAGGUGCUGGGAGGAGACAUGAUGUCUCAGAGUCAGUCGUUCGGCUCCUAUCUCUCUCCAAUGUCCGAAUUCAGUGAUUUCACCCUCGUUAAACCCAGCAGCACCACAGACUUUACAAACACUCUAAGCGUGCUCGAUGCGUCACUACCGGACAGCACGUGGACGUUUGAGAGUCAGCAGGUGAGGGGAAAAGCGCACAUGUUAUAUAGCAUUGUCUUACCUUAA